CUGAUAAUACCGGUCACCGGCCUUAUAGGCCGUUUGCCGACGCCUAGUACUGCGCUUGGGCUGUGAUGAGAUUGUUAUGGCUGAGCUCUAUUCUAUCACUACUAGUCUUGCAGGCACUACUUCUAUGUGAAGCUAGAAGGCCCGAUGACAAAAGACUUAGUAGAUACCCUGGAAGAGGAGAUUACGGCAGAGGAAGAGGUCCGACCAGAGGAGGCCCAAGUGGAAGAGGUUCCAGGAGAGGCCCCCCUCAUAGAGGUCAUGCCUUAUCCUUUCCCCAUAGAAGAGGUCCAGGAAGAGGGCCAAUGGGAAGAGGUCGCGGCUCAGCAUUUCCAGGUCAGAGAAGAGGUCCUGGAAGAAGUCCGAUGCCGAGACGUGGUCCAAACUUCGGGCAUGGAAGAGGUCCUGGCAGAAACUUCCCCGGAAGAGGGGGUGGGGGACCUGGACGAGGAAGAUUCAGAGGUCCCGGAGAUCGUAGAGGCGGAAUGUCUGGAAGGGGUCCUGGGAGAAUGUUCCCUGGAGGAAGAAAUAGAGGCCCACUUGAUAGAAGAGGCUUGCCGGGGGCGGGUCCCGGACGAGGGUUAAUGGGAAAUCCUAGACAGGGACCCUUUGGAAGAGGUCAUAACAGAGGCCCUGGAAGAGGUCCAAUGGCAGGAGCUCGUGGUCCCUUCGGAAGAGGACCAAGGCCUGAUCGAGAUUUCCCCUUAGGACACCACAGAGGAGGCUUCCCCGGAAAAGGCCCAAGAGGUCCCGGCGCAGACAUGAGAAGAGGUGGUCGAGGAAGAGGUCCUGAGGGAGUUCCCGGAAGAUGGCCUGGAGGCCCCGAUAGACGGUUUCCUGGAGCACAUGGAAGAGGUCUGAUGGAACGAGGCCAUGGAAGGGGCCCGAUGGGAAGAGACAUGUUAGGAGGUCGCGGACGGUUCCAUGGAAGAGGCCCGAUGGGAAGGGAGAUGCUAGGCGGAGGCCCUGGACGGUUCCAUGGAAGAGGCCCGAUGGGAAAAGACAUGCUGGAAGGGAGAUUUGGACACCAUGGAAGAGGUCCAAUGGGAAGAUUUCCUGGACGAUUCCAUGGAAGAUUCCCACCUGGGAAUGGUACCUUAGGAGAAGGCACUGAAGGAUUUGGUAGAAGAGGCAUGUUUGGAAGAGGCAUGUUUGGAAGAGGCAUGUUUGGAAGAGGCAUGCAUGGAAGAGGUCGUUUUUAUGGUCGAAGAAGACCGGGUGAAGAAGGUUUUGGAGAAGGCCUGGGAAGCGAAAACGAGCUCGAUUCUAGGCACGGUUGGGAGCGUGGAAACGGUACAAUGAGGGGUCGCAUGGGUCGUUUUCGAGGAGGAUGGAGAAGAGGAGGACGUCUAAGAGGAGGAACUGGAGAAGAAGCAGAAGGUGGAGAUGCGGAAGCGGAAGGAGCAGAAGAUGAGACUGGUGAAGCAGAAGAAUCUACUGGCGGUGGAGUAGCCACUAGAGGAAGAUUAACCUCUAGCCGUGGUGGCGGCGGCGGUCGUGGUGGUGGUGGUGGUAGCAUUGCGAGUAGCGAUGAUGAUGCUGAUAGCGGAGCAGAUUCAGGCGACGCAGGUGAUGAUGAUGCCGGCGCAGGUGCAUCCAGUAUAGGAGAGUCGAUUGGCACUUUGAUUUCAAGUAUUGGAGAGGCGAUCCAAAACGUGGCACCACAGCAGAACAUGGAUAUGGGUUCAUCGGAUGCGGGCUCUGAUUCCGGUUCUGAUUCCGGAUCUGAUUCCGGUUCUGAUUCGGGUUCCGCGGAUGCGGGUGGCGCUGAUACAGGUGGCUCGGAUACGGGCUCCUCGCAGGAUACGUCUUCCGCACAGGAUUCACAAAGCGCUCAGGAUACGUCGGAUUCGCAGGGUUCGGAGGACGCGGAAGGUUCGGGAGAAGGAGAUUCGGGUGGACAGGGUACACUUACGCAGUCACAAACCUGCACCACGACAUUCUCGUACUAUGCUGCAAACCGUAUUCCAGUCUACAAAUGCGAUUGUCCUGGACAUGGUACCUCGUAUCAGUACCAUAGAUGUGUGAUGCCAAGAUGAUUUACUCCACGGCAGCUAACCUAUGUCUGUACAAAGAUCAACCUCAUCUUCCAUUUGCCAAGAUGAAGCGUAGUGAUUCGCAGUCUAUCGCGAUUUUCCUUCAGUUAGGGACAUUUUGUACAUUUUGAUGUAGUCAACUAGGCUUAUGCUUUAGAAGGCAUUGGAUUUCACACUAAUGCAUCAGCAUGCACUCCCUAGGGUGCAGCAUGAAACGGGAACAAAGAUAAAUAAUUUAGCUUCUA